AUGGUGUUAUUUGCGACUCUCAAUCCGACUACGAUGAGCUCAAAGAUAGUUAUCUGUGGUGCUGGUUUCCUUGGGAAACAUAUCGCCACUGCUUUAUCUCGUGCAUCUUCCGCUGGCGCUGUCACACACCAAAUUCAACUCGCCUCUCUCCAUCCAGAAAAACUCUAUUCCGCUCUGAAGAGCACCCAUGGAAUUAUAUCUCCCGCCACAAUAGACAUCACCGACAAAUCGACCUUGCUCCCAGCUUUCUCGGGAGCCUCUCUUGUCGUUUCCCUCGUUGGAAUUAUGCAUGGAUCCCCUGCAGAUUUUGACCGAAUACAGUGGAAAGGCGCUGAGAAUGUCGCCAAGGCGGCAAAAGAAGCUGGCGCGAGGCUCGUGCAUGUUAGCGCCAUUGGUGCCGACAGGGCGAGUGAUAUCCCGUACAAUAGGACCAAAGCUUUGGGCGAGGAGGCUGUGAGAGAUGCAUACAGAGGAAAGGCAGAAAAAGAUGUUGUGGUGCUAAGACCGAGUAUCGUAUUCGGUCCCGAAGACGAUUUCUUCAACCGAUUCUCCAAUCUGUCUCAAUACCUCCCGUUCCUACCCGUCUUUGGAGGCGGAAAGUCCCGCUUCCAACCUGUAUACGUUGGGGAUAUUGCACGCGCCGUCGAAAUAAUCGCAAGGAACGUCCCUGCGAUAAACGCUAUGGUUGGAGGAAAGACCAUCGAGUGCGGUGGUCCAGACAUCUUGACAUACAAUGAGAUCAUGCAAUUGGUGUUAAAUUACAACCAUCGUACCAGACCGAUUGUCUCGUUACCGUUCUGGAUGGGAAAAUUACAGGGUAUGGUGAUGGAGAGGCUUCCGGUGAAUUUGUUUACAGUGACGCAAGCUCAGGUUGAACAAUCGAAAAAUGAUAACGUCGUCAAUGUGUCUCCACCCGGAAAUUCGAUGGGCGCCGAAUACUUUCCUUUCAAUACGCUCAUUGAGAAAUAUUCUAUUCCCGGAUUAAGGUCUACAUUGGCGUCUGUACAUGACAUUCUACCGAAGUAUUUAUCCUGA